ACAUUGUUUACAUUUUUCAUUUAAGUUACAUGCGGCUCAAGUGUUGUUUUGUUUAUUACUUAUUAUUACAACAGUAAAAAAAUUAAUAGUUAUUAUUUACUGUAUAAUUUAAUAAAAGAUGGCUAUGAAUGAAGAUUUAUCAAAAAAGAUAGUAAAAUUUGAAAAAUUCAUAAACGAAGUAUUGAAAAGUGACUUAAAAAAAUUUGAAGAAAAGUUGGAUGUUAAGAACACUGAGCUUGCAGAAUUCAUCCAGCUGAAAAGUGUCAUCACGACGUUAAAAAGUACCGAGUGCAAUGAAAGUGGAUUCAAGACCCAGGUUGAUUUAGGGAACAAUUUUUUUAUUCAAGCUACUGUUGAAGAUGCCUCUAAAAUUUUCCUAGACGUCGGCUUGGGUUAUUUCGUAGAGUUCAACUUGGAUGAAGCUGUGGUGCUUAUUAAUGUCCGGGUCAAGUUGCUGGAGAUGCAAAUUAGUAACUUGCGUAAAGAAAUCGCUAAAACUAAUGCUCACAUUAAGUUACUGUUGAUGGGCAUGAGAAAUUUGCAAGGUUUCAAAUGACAUUCAGGGACCUAUUUUCACCUGAUCUCUUGUAAAUAAAUCCAUUCUAAUAAUAAUUAUAACUACAAUUAAUUGAGCAAUCAAUACUCUUAUUCUAAUGUAAAUAAAAUUUUUAUUUUAUUUUUUUUUUGUAACAAAUAAAUUGUAAAAAAUCA